UCUGAAAAUUUCGUGUUUCCUUCGAGCAGUGUCAAGAUAUGCAUCGCCCAGAAACGUAAAAAGUCUCGACUGCGGAAUGCAUACGGUUCAUCUCGCCUUUUAGAGUAAGAAAGUAGAGAUGCGAUGAAGAAGUCCAACUUGGAUUUUCAUCUAGCAGAUUCUAAAUGAACUACUAGGGAUAGGAAUAGCUAUGGCCUCCACAACCUCCACGUCGAUUGCAGCCAACAACACGUCUUUGCCCCUCAUCCGCGGUCUCUUGGACCAACUGCAGGCGCACAUCGAGGAGUAUUCCAUGAGUACCAACCGCACCCGGUGGAAACGGUUGAAAAACGACAUCAUCCUCAAAGACCAGGAUUACGAGCAGGCACUGAAGCGACUAGAUCCCAAGAAGGGCGACUAUGCAUUGCAAAUAUGUCUGGGUCUGGAAAAAUGCCAGGUUUGUCAUGCUCUGCUAGCAUGACUGUCAACGUCAAGUCUGUCAUGCAAGGUACCCACAAGCGCCACUUUUGUGUCAUGCAAAAACCCAGCACCAGCUUCUCAUGCAGAAUAGGCAACACCAAGCGACUCAAAAACCUGUCAUGCUGAGCCGGCAUUCCUGGCGUUCUCUUGAUUCGCCAACCAGCAUCAGAAGUUUCAGACCCAGACACAUUUGCAUUUCAUAGCGACCUGGAAGUCCCGACGUUCGUUGAGGCCCAGUUGAAGGACGACCUAUCGGCGCUGGGCACCGUGGCGGCGGAUGUCGCUGGGCACAGUUUUUUGUAACCUCUAAAGGCACGCUUGAUGAACUUGUUAGCUGUACCAAUUCAAGAACAAAUCUGCGUUUUUUUUGCAACCCGGAAGAGCGUAGUAGAACAAGGACAAGCUGGUUGGUACCGGUCGUCACCUCCGGAGUUGUGCACGACUUGACACCGAUCCUGAAAAUGCCAGUUUUGGCUCACCAUAAUUUGAUGACCAAUCACGACGCGGUCGAAAAUUUCUCAUUUGGAAUCCGAAUUCAACAAGAGCUGUUGACCACAACGAAGCCUCUUCUACAUAAACCGGCUCGAUUUUUUUCAAGAGCAGCCAGCUCUUUUGCGGACCAGGACGGUGCCGCUGGUGAUGCUGUAGACAACAACGUUGCCGCAGGCGAAAGCAGCACAGUGGGUGCCCAGGCAGGGGAUGGAACUACAGGAGAUGCGGCUUCGCCUACCCCCGCUCCUUUCUUCAUCGACCCCGUCGACGGGAAGCGUACGUCGAUGGAAUUGAAGCAGUUUCCGGACAAAAUCCCCUCUGUGAUCUCCCCGUUGGACAACGUCCGGAUAAAGCAAGUCUUUAACGUUCUCGGAAACAAGGCGAUCACUUCCGCAGAGGAAGCGACGACAAACGAAAACACAUCUGGGUGGCCGAAGAAUUUCUGGAAGAAGUUCAACCAGCUGGUGCUCUCGAAUGUGUGGAACGAUUUCAAGGCGGCGUGUCAAGCCGGAAAGCUGGACAAGAAGGGCAAAAAUAACACCCCCCUCGGGUGGGCGCCGCGCAUCGAGGAAAAGAAGAUGCAGAUGGCCGAGGGGUGCGAAGUCAUUUACCAGAGCUUGAAGAACAGGAUCGGGAAAGCGAAGGAUUUAGUGGUUGGAAAACAGGACUACUUUGCGGUGCCCGGUGACCCAGUGGAGGAGUUCAACACCCCUGGAGGCGGGGGAGCAGAAGACGAACCACCGGUGAGUUUCUCGAUCGAUCCCUCUGAAGAUGAGGGGGCAAGAACAUCAGAAGUAGAACAAGCAGGACGAGGACCUUUUUACUACCCGGUUCUCCAGGGCCCGAACCAAUUCCACAAGUUGUGUAUGCCGGGCGGCGGCGACAAAUCCUGGCUCGUGAACUUGGAACGCACCUGCAACGCCUACCACAAGGAGCGGCAGGCGGAGUUGCAGGCCGAGGAGCCGGCACCGGAGGACGUUUUCCGGAAUCCGGAAUUGGCGAGCGCCGACGCGUCGCCGGCAGCUGUGGCGGAAAAGGAGGCGAAGAAGGAAGAAUUCCGGAAGAGCAUGGCGAAGAUCCACGACGCCGGCGGGGGUCAGGUGGAAAAGCCGCUAGCGUCCUCUUCUUCCGGCACGGCUAUCAGGUCGAUUGACGGCCGGGGCUAUGAACUGCAAAAGUAUCGUACUCGCAACAUGAAUGCACUACAAAUUUUCUCAGCAUGAGAAAUAAAAUUUGUAAUGCUGAUACUGAUUUGCCUUGACAAAGAAAAUUGUAAUGCAAGACCUGCAUUUAUACGAGUAAGAUACUUUUGCACAGCAACAUAGGGGCUGGCCGCCCAUCCAACUACCGGAUUUCAACGUGAAAAAGUUGCUGCAAAAGAGCGACUUCUCUCUCGAGGACUUAGAGAAGAAAGGCCUGCAAAUCCGGUGCAUUCCGCUGGAGAAGUGGGACCCCAGUGUGCCGAACAAAAUGAACACGAUUGUGGAACCGCUAGUGACGGAGAGUACCAGCACGAGCUUCAAAGUACCCGACGGGUCGGUUCGAGAAUUUCUGGAAUUGUGAACAAUUUUUUCCAUGAAGCUCUACUGAUGUGUACUUACAGGACGAGCCGCUUGUUCAUUGGCUUUCUGCUGUUGACGUUCCUCUUGUCAUUGAUUGUGGCGCGUUUUGCACGGGCUGACUCUUGACAUGAUCCUUGACGUAAUAUAAUAAAUACCUG